AUGGCUUCGUCCUCGGGGAUGAAGGAGGUAGAACCAGAAACAACUAACAUGAUAAACAAUAUUAAAAAUGUAACCGUUCUGAUAAACGACUCAACUGAAAAGGAAGGAAUCGGGGUGAAGGAUCAAGAAGAAGAAGCAGUGUGUUGGGUGGAAGAAGGGGAGGAGGAUGAUGACGCACGGGUGGAGUUAGGGCUCGUCGGGAAAAUAUGGACAAAGCGACGAAUAAAUGCAACUGCUUUUAUGGACACCAUGAAAUUAGUGUGGCAACCUAGCCAUGGUGUCGAUAUAAGUAGUCUGGGAGAUAACACUUUUGUAUUCCAAUUCCAUCAUUGGCGUGACAAGAAUAAAGUGGUUGAGGGCCAACCAUGGCAUUUUGAUAAUCAUGCCAUCUUAAUGGGAGACAUUGAAGGAAAUGUUAAACCAUCAGAUAUGGAGUUGUUUCAACUACCUAUGUGGGCGCGAAUCUAUAACCUGCCAUUCAAAGGGAGGUUAAAUAUGAAGAAUGUCGAGGCUAUCGGAAAAAAAUUAGGGCAAUUCGUGAAAAUGGAUAUGUCAGGAUCGUUGGGAAUUGAUAAAUCUAUGAGGAUGCGGGUUAACGUUGAUGUUAGGAAACCGCUAGUGAAAGCAGUGAAAGUGCAAAUGCGCGGUGGAAUGGAAGACCUAUUUGAAGUAAAGUAUGAAAGACCCCCAUUUUUCUGUUACUAUUGUGGUAGAUUGGGGCACGGAGUAAAAGAUUGUCAGGAGUGUGGUGAUGAAUUGGAGCCGAAAAUGAAUUAUGGAGGCUGGCUGAAAGCAUCUCCCUGGAGGAGAAGUGUGAGGGAAGUGGAUACGCAUGGGGGAGGGGAUAGUAAGCAAUGUGCUCGGCGUUUAUUUAUCACAAAACCCAAGGAAAUUCCUCGGCCUCCAGUACAGCAAGUUAAUGAAGUCCUUGAGAAGUUAAAUGGGUGUGCCAUUAGAGACACCAACAGUGAGGGGCAAGUAGAGGUAACUAUGGAGCAAACAGGUGCUACAGGAAAUCAAAUUUGUCACAACAACGACAGUUUGGGAACAAACGAGGAAAGUAGAGAAGAUAACUGGGAGGUAGGAGGGAAGGAAGUAAUGAUCAACAUGGUCGAGCGAGGACCCGAGAGGGGAGACAGCUGGGAAAAAUAUGAAGGUGUGGAUCUUGUGAUGGAAGAGUUCGUAGGAGGUAGAAAAUGGAAACGAGCCAGUAGGAAGGGUGAUGGGGUGAAUAAGAAGGAGAAGCAGAUUAGUGGGCAAAGAAGAAAGGAGAAGGGAGAAGAUUUAAAAGCCCACGAGGAUGUGAUGGAUACAAGGAAAAAACCAAAGAGUGUGGACACGAUGGUGGACAAUGGGAGUUCUACUGAAAUUCAAGACAUUAAGGUGGCGAGCCCCACGCAAUGGGCUCUUGGUGCACAAUGA